UCCUACUUGCUCAUUCAAUGAGCCACUUCUGUUCUAUGUUGAAAAAGAAAGUGAGUUAGAGGCUAUCAAGAUCAUAAAACAAUGUAUAAUUCGGUAUACCAAGCCUUUAUAAACAAAUUACGGGGUAAUUGAUUUUUCCAAGCCUCCUCAACUACAAAUUAACUGUGUUAAUAAAGUAACAGCACCCUAGAUAAAAAUUUAAUAUUUUAAGAUUAAAAUGUCAACGGUUACAUGUGAGGUGUCACUGUAUUGAAGGUGCGUUCGAUUUUCCGUUUCAUGAGUAUAGCAGAGUGUAGAGUGAAAAACGUCACGUGAUCACUGGCGCAAAUUAAUAACAGUACAAUAAAGGAUGGACGUGAAGCAGAUGGAGCAUCAACAUAACCUCUAAAUGGUGUACAGCUUAACCUCAAAUGUGUGCAGGUGUAACAACAAAAAUUGUAAUCCUCCACGAGCGUGCACAUUUUUGUUCAAAUACUAAACCGGGAAUCUGUAGAAAUAUUCAUUGCAGACGCAAAUGAUGUCUAAAUUAUCUUUAUGAAGCGACGAGCGUUUCUACGUUCGUUUUAGAACAUAAUAUAAAAUCGUACAGGUAGCCACACACGAAACGCGCCUAAAUGUUGACGCGUGUUCUAGGACUCUGGCCUAAUCAACGGCCGAUGUACUUGUCUCGCCAUUUUUAACAUUAAAUUCGCCACCAGCAACCCCCCACACAUCCGAAUAUGGAAUAUCCCUACUCGCCUGUAUGAAAAUAACAUCUUUUUGAUGCGUCACCCUGUAUAUAGUACUUAGUUAUUACCGGUAUAGAAGAUAUCUACUUCACAAAUUUACAUUUAUGUCAUUUAUACAUAACCUAUUUGUAAUGUUUGGUUUUGAUUUUUAUUACUAAAUUAUUCGUUAUUGUUUUUAAAUAUGUAAACAAUUACAGUGCUUUUGCACGAACUUUAAAAUUAUGGAGGACGUUAAACGCGACAUUAACAUAAAGGCUAAGCGAACGCGAUACGAACAAGUAAAGCAAAUUGCGACUGCUUAUUUACAACGAAGGAACUACCCAAUUUCACCUCAUGAAGACAUACCCAUUGGUCAGUUCAAGAUGUUUUCGCAUAUCGAAAAUGAAACCAGUCGUCCAAAUUCAAUUCUCUACAGUUGCUUUAAUAACGAUCCCGUACUCAUUGAACAGACCUUUGGAAAGUUCUUGCUGUGGAUUAAAGAUUUGUUGAAGAAUAACAAGAAGAAGCACGAAGAUUUGGAAUUGGUAAUUGGUCCACUUUUCUGUCACAUUUACUUGGAAAUUUUACGAGGCGGUCAUACAGAGCGGGCAUCUAGUUUUCUAAAAAUUCAUUUACCUUCAAUCGAUCGGACUAAGUGUGAUACGUUCAUACAGGAAUUAAUCAACGCAUUCGUUAGCGAUUCUAUCGACACUCCCAUACUGAAAGAGAACUUUCGAAGCACCAAGUACUCCGUCGAAUUAUCGCACGACUCUGUCAUGGCUUUAAAGCAGUAUCUUUCUGAUGCAGGACAUGUUGUUCUUUUACAGGUAUUUCAAAGUUGGUUUUUUAUGAAUGAAAAGGAAGAAGCUCAAGAUGAAAAUGAAAGCAUGGUGCUAGUUGGGGAUCCCAUUUUGUGCAAUGGUCAUAUUGAAAGCCCGAAAAGUGUGAACAAUAGUAAUAGUAAUUUAUCUUUGCAGAAAUUAUUAACUGCAAUUGAUAGUGUGAACUCAGAACCUGCGCCAGUGUAUUCAGUGCACUUAUCUAAUGUGAAAGAUAGGGUCACAUGUGGUACAUUAAACCGACAACAAGGCUUUUUUGCGUACAGUUAUAAUAAUACAGUGACUUUAAGAUGCUUACAAACAUUGCAACAGUUAGAAAAUACGUUAACUUAUGGUGAAGUAGUUUUACUAGGGCAUCACGCCCGUGUAUAUGACAUUCGAUUUUUUAAGAAGCGCAAACAUUUAAUCUCGUGUUCACAAGAUAAAACAAUCCGCCUUUUUGAUAUAGAAAAUUAUGAACAGAAAUUGUUAUAUAAAGGUCACGAACAUCCUGUGUACUGUUUAUCCACUUGUUUAAAUGGUAAUUUCUUUGUAUCGGGUUCAUAUGAUCAUACCGCUCGCCUUUGGUCUGUAACAAGGAAUGACACUCUGAGGGUAUUUGUAGGUCACACUCAGCAAGUGACAAGUAUUGAUUUUCAUCCGAACUGUACGUACUUAUGUACGGGAUCAGCAGAUAGAAAUAUUAGAAUGUGGUCAAUCAGAGAUGCAGAACCAAUAAGAUUGUUACUGGGAUCAAAGGGGGCGGUAUAUGCAACAAUUUUCACUCCUGAAGGUAAACAUCUUGUAAGUUCUGGCGAAGAUAGAAGACUUCGUGUAUGGGAUUUAGUUUCUGCAAAACAACUAAUAGAGUUUAAGAUAGGCUCGCAACCUGUAACGAAACUUGCAGUUAGUGCAGACGAAAAAAUGUUGGCGACUGGUUCAAUUGAUGGAACUGUAAAGUUGUGGAAUUUUGAUGUGUUAGUUAAAGGUAGUGAUGAAGGAAGCACUAUUGAUCCUGUGUGUACUUUUUCAUUAAAUCACAGUUUGCAUGCUCUUGAUUAUUGUUUUGGCACGUUUGGAUGCUUAACAUCUCAAUGUAACGCAACUGUAAAGCUAUAACUAAGGUAAUGGAGUGGACACCACCAUUUUUUAAGAUAGCCGCUGUAAAAUAGAAAUAAUAUUUUUCAUUAUUUAUUUAUUGUAAUAAACUGUUUUAACAUUA